CACUUUGCAGUGAGUUCACUUAGCAUGUGUUAGUUUGAAGUGCUUGUGUCUCUAAAAUCAAACUUAUUUAUACUACAAAAUGGCAAACACAUCUAUUCAAGAGCUGUAUGUAAAACAGGGUUUACUGUGGCUUUCAAUUAAUGUUUGUCAUUAUUUGUGCUCACUGAUGCGCUAAACCAAGGCCAGUGAUUACGCUUAAUGAACUGAAGCUGUUUUGCAAGAGAAAAGAGACCAACACAGAACUUGAUCACCCAAGGGAAAAAAAACAACAAUUAAACAACAAUUAUGACUUGGGAAAGUGCACAGCAAUCGCGUUGUUAUGUGUGGUGGUUAACUUCGUUCGCUUGGGUACAGUUUAAACUUUAACCUAACUCGGUAUUUAGCGGUGAAAGCCAUUCUGGCUUCCUUCAAAUUAUCCUUGGGUAUUCUCUUCAACUUGUGAGUGGCUUUGGACUCCAUUAGGCCUCACAAUUGAUUUAUACAUCAAGUAGUCAGCCAAAAGAGCGGACUCUAAUGGAGCUCGAGAACCCAAGACAGCUGAAUCCGUACAGCAACUGUGAGUAUGUGAAUAGCUCCACACAGGACAUUUUUGACCUUCAUGACGACGAGAUUACGCCAAGAAAUUUUUCAUUCCUGGCUUCGUUGAGAUCGAUUAAAGGUCAAGACAAUAUUCAUCUAGGUCAGGGAUAUUUUAAACUCAAUUGCGAUGAACAUUCGAGCAAAAGGCCAGAAUGCCCUUUUGCCAUGAUGACAGAUGGUAAAGCAUGCAGCGAGAUUGUCAACAACGUGACGAAGACAGCGAAAGAUGUUCCUGGUAUGUUAGAGCAAGCGUGUCAGGAAGACUUUUUAAAUUGUAUUCCUGAGAUAACAGAGAGCCCAUCUAAGCGUUACUUGACAAUGGGAACGAGAACGCAAAGAACUUGUGGAAUGCUUCAAGAAUCGAGUUUUGGAUCGUCUAAUUAUGUACCUACAACUACGAGAUUACGACAUGGGUCUGCUCCAAAACAAUUUUUAAACUUUACAAAUACAGGUAGAGACUUUAAUGGAAUUCCAGUGUCAAACUCCACAUCUCAGCAAAACAUGUAUUCCGAUUAUUACAGCAGAAACUAUGACUGUAGUCCAUUUUCUUACACAUCACACAUGCCUGGAAAUUUCAACAAAGUCGGUCCAGACAGCUUUUCAUCUGGAAGUAGUUGUAAAUUUACUUCAGAGGGGAUAUCAARUAAACAAUAUUGUCAUAAAGACAGAUACCCCUACCGUCAUGAAGUUGAAUUAACUGUAAAACCAGAUAAUUCCUGGCAUCCUGGCCAUCAACGCAAUGAUGUUGUGUCUACUGUCAAAGUGAGGGUUGAUAUUAUGCAAACAUGUAAUCCAAAAACCAGUCCUGUUGCUAUAUCAGAUAGACAGCUUAAUUUAAAGGAAGCUGAUGGAAAUAUGUGUAAAAUGUGGAGUGAAAAGUCUUGUGGUGUGCGUGACGACAAGCAAGCAGUGAAACAUGAUUACGGCACAGAACCUGGCAUGAAAGGUUUAUCGUUACCACUACACCACCAAACAAACUACUCAUUAAAAAGUGAAUUAAUGAACGAUGAGACAGAGCAUCAAGAAUUAGUUUGUAAAUCAGAAAAAUUAUCACAUAUAGAAACUAAAUCUGAAGUCAGUGGUCAUGUGGAUGAGAAGUUAACGUCUACCCUUAAAGAUGAGCUCUUGGUUGACUUAAAGUAUGACAUAACCACACAACAAAAAACACUUGAAAAUGAAGGUCAAACCAAACCAACCAAAACAUGCCCUAACAACACCACCAUUAAACCAGAACCCAAAUCCAAGAAAACAAGAAAUAAUGCAACUAAGACUGCCAGUAAGCUAACAUCAAAAUCCUCCAAAGAAGCUUCACGAAAAACUUUUACUGGAAAUAAAUUAGUACCCAUUCUUCCAAGACAACCUACUGACACGGGGUUCAUGAAUGGACAGCUCAUGUUAAUCGGGAAUCCAAAUGCCAGACAUGAUGAAAAUAAGCAAAAUAUAAAGGAGACAAUUCAUAUGAAGAGAAGAGUGCCUCCUAAUGCUAUUUUGUACAAUGAAUUGGCCGGACCUUGUAAGAAACCAUAUCUUUUCCAGCCAGACCAGGGAAAGUAUCCUGUACAGUAUACACCUACUAACAGURUACAGUCGCAAGUAUAUCCUGCUCAUGUCACUCAUCAGAGUAAUAGGUUAUCUCAACCUGGAGCACCUCCGUCACCAAUACAAAACCUGUCAGACUUGGUCGCAAAACUAAUUCCAGACAUUGAUACCAUGGCUGAAAUCCCUGCAAAUAACAUGAACGCUUGCAACAACAAUCCAUGUUUUAUUCCUACAGAAUUCAUUGGAGGACCAUAUCCACAGAAUGUGCAUGUUCCUGUCAACAAAGAUAUGUUACGACGCAAAAGUCAAUGUGCAUGCCCUAACUGCGUCGCAGGUGUCAACAGCAACCCUAGUCCAACACAACCCAAGUACCAUAACUGUCAUUAUAUCGGAUGUGGGAAGGURUAUGGCAAGACAUCUCACUUAAAGGCCCACUURMGAUGGCACAGGGGUGAAAGACCAUUCGUAUGUAACUGGAGCAUAGAUGGUAUUCAGUGUUUGAAAAGCUUUACAAGAUCAGAUGAACUUCAGAGACACUUGCGCACUCACACCAAAGAGAAAGCACACMGAUGYAAUAUUUGUGGGAAAGCAUUUGGACGRAGCGAUCAUUUGACCAAACACCUUAGAAUUCAUAAGUCUAAAGUACAACAAGAGAAUGAAGGCCAAGARGCUGAACAGAAGGAAGCAACCACAGAAGAAUCAGAGAUAAAACACACUUAAAGCACAAUGAAUAGAAACCCAUUUUUUUAGGUAUUUGUGAGAAGUAAGUUAUAUAUUUCAUGGUGUAUGUUUAAGUUUAUUCAUUCGCACGUAAUUACACGAUGUACUAACUAUAAUCGUCGAACGACAUCCUCAAGUUAAAACCGUUUUUAGAUUCUAAGAAUUGAUAUCUUUUGUUAGUGAACCUCAAUGUUAUUCUCAGCAWUAAUUAGAGACCAAAUCAAAAAAUGGUGGACCAAAGAUUUUGAAAAGUCUAUAUUAUUGUUCUGAACUCAAUCACUKUUUAUCCAUACAAAAAGGCUUGUGUUAUAUAAACAAGAGGCUGGUCAGGGUAGARCAAUGAUCACAGUUUUCUKCUAUGAAAAAAUGUGUGAGUCUAUCAAUGAGGAAUCUUUCACCUCAAGAAAAAGUCUGUGUAUUGUGCUGAGGCUCUCUUUAACAUUACUUCUCAAAUUCAUGAAUAAUAAUUGUAAACAAUGAAAUAGAGUGAAAACAUCUGUACAUGUAAAUGCAAUUUAGAAACACAUUUUUAAAAUCUUUUCAUUGAUCAUUUCUCAUUAUUAUUCAUGAAUUUGGAAAACAUUGAAAAUCAAGUCUAGGAUCAUUUUAAUAGUUUAGUGGCAUCUUUGACAUAUUGAGGAAUAAUUGUUACAAACUUAUGAAGUCUGAUAGCACCAGAGGUUUGUAAACCUAGAGCUUUUUGAUACUUGCAAUCAAGUCUGUUUUGUAUUUAAUAGUAGAGAAAUAAAUAAGGAUGCUUGGCAAAGAUGCAGAGAUCUAUAAGAAAAUUCUGCAAAGUUUUAACACAUCUUCUGAAGAUGUUUGUUCAGUACUGUUAUUGAUUUUUUGUUAAUAAUAUAUAAACAAUAUGUCUGUAAAAUAGAUAGCUUGCAAAAUAGUGCAAAAAUAUACCAACUGACUAUUUCACAGGUAAAUUGGUUACAAAAAAGAUGUAAAUACUUUCUAUAUGGAUGUUUACAACAGAAUUCUAAAUUAUUUUACUAUAAAUUCCWCGUGAUUUGUAAAUUUAUAUUAAGUAUGUUUUAGAUUUACAAAAAUAGGCUGAAGAAKUUACUACUGAUUAUUUUAAUGCGGAAAAAGAAGUUCCAUAUAUCGUAUUUCUAAAUAGGUAUUUUUGUAAGAUAUUUUGUAACCGUUGUUCAAAGUUGAGAUGUUGAAUACGAUUUUUGUCAUGUUUAUCAAACGUUUUUGUAGCUACUAACGCAAUAUUUAAAGUUAUUUAUUUUUUGAACGCCAAUAAUACGCUCGUUAAUAAUGAAUAAAAAUGAUAUGUAUUUAUA